AUGUCAGGUCUUGACGUUGAAGCUCUGCUUGAGUCCACUGCCGCCUCUGUCAACGAAGUGUCCGAUAGAGACCGCGAUGACCGCUCGAAAACCGAGACAGGCGAUCGCCGCGAUCGUUCGCGCGACCGAGACCGCAAACGCAGAGGAGAUCGCAGCCGCGAUCGUCGACGGGACGACAAGGAUGAAGAAAUGAAAAGUCCGCGGAGCGAGCAUGGCAGUGCUAACGGAAGCCAUAGAAGCAGCAGAAGGAGAAGCCGCAGUCGCGACAGUGACCGACGCCGUCGUCGCGGCGAUGACUAUCGCUCCGGUGGUGGCGCUGGUGCUGGUGGUGACUACUACCGCGGCGGUGGACGGGCUCGCUCGAGAUCACGCUCCCCUUAUGAUGACAGCAGAUACUAUCGCCCCAAUGGCGGCGGCCGUGCCCGACGGGAUGACCGUGACGAUGAUCGCCCUCCUCGACGAGAACGGGAGGGGAGAAGGCGCAGCCGUAGUGCCAAACGCGCCAGCGCGGCUCCUGAUGAAGAGUUGAACGAGGAUGAACGGGACAAGCGUACUGUUUUUGUUCAGCAACUCGCCGCUCGUUUGAGAACAAAAGAACUCAUCGCGUUCUUUGAAAAGGUGGGGCCAGUUAAGGAAGCUCAGAUCGUCAAGGAUCGCGUCAGUGGCAGAUCAAAGGGCGUGGGCUAUGUCGAAUUCAAGGACGAAUCAUCUGUUCCACUUGCGAUUCAGCUCACCGGCCAGAAGCUUUUAGGAAUCCCCAUCAUUGCUCAAUUGACCGAAGCCGAGAAAAACCGACAAGCCCGUAAUCCGGAAUCAAGCGGCCAGCACUCGACCUCUGCGCCGUUUCAUAGGUUGUAUGUUGGUAACAUUCAUUUCAGUAUUACUGAAAAUGAUCUCCAGAAUGUGUUUGAACCAUUUGGCGAACUCGAAUUUGUUCAACUCCAAAAAGACGAAACUGCUCGCAGCCGAGGCUAUGGAUUUGUACAGUUUCGCGAUCCCAACCAGGCAAGAGACGCACUUGAAAAGAUGAACGGUUUCGACCUUGCUGGUAGACCUAUCCGAGUUGGCCUUGGCAAUGAUAAGUUUACCCCUGAAUCAACGGCGAAUCUUCUACAACGUUUCCAAGGCCAAGGCAACCCACAAUUCCAAGGCUCUUCUUUCUCAGGGCAAGGCGGCCGUGGCGUCCAGGCUGGCGGCGCUAGCAAUUUCGACCGUGCCGGUGGCCGAGAUAACGAGAAAGGAACAGGUGGAGCAAGUGCUCUGGAUGAUACAGACGUUGCCGGUGUGAACUUCAACAACUAUAGCAGAGAUGCAUUGAUGAGGAAACUUGCGAGAACAGAUGAACCUGAGCCUUCUGCAGACGAGAAGAUCCAGAUGCUUCGACCCAAAGCCGAGCCAAAGCCGCUGCCGGUCAACGUGAACAUGGCAAGCCGCUGCGUUUUGCUUCGGAAUAUGUUUGAUCCUAACGAGGAAGAGGGCGAGGUGUGGAUAAAAGAAUUGGAAGACGACGUCCGCGCCGAGUGCGAGGAAAAAUACGGACAUGUUGUUCACAUUGCUCUAGACCCGAAUUCGCAAGGAGAUAUCUAUCUCAAGUUCGACCGCGUCCAAGGCGGCGAGAACGCCAUCAAAGGCCUGAACGGACGAUUCUUUGGCGGCAAGCAAAUCAGCGCCCAGCCCGUCGUCGACGCCGUCUACAGCAGUCUCUUUUCCCGCACCAAAGCGAUUUAA